CUUUAUCUUGGUUGUGCUGUGCAUCUCCACGAAAAAUCCACACGCCUUGGAUCUGGCCACCUGUGGAUUAGAUUGGCUCCCUUGGCUUCUCAACUCAACUCCCUCUGUCGCCUGCCCACCCUUCGUCUGUCCAACCCGCGACUGUCGCCUGCUCGACUCCUGGACAACUCCAUCUCCUCCCCUUACUCGAUCCUGCUCGGCCUGACACUCGCUCUUCUCGAUAUCCGACGUCGCCCGCACUCCUUUCCGCCUUCGCACUCGGCCCCCUUGCUCUGACGACAUCGUCACCGCCCACCAUGUCGGACAAGAAGAACGAAGACUAUGCCAUUCGCAUGCCCGACUCGGCGACGCGGAGCAGUCCUGCCUACGGCGGCGAGAAAGAUGCCUUCCUUGGCCGCUCCUCACGAGGCGGCAGCGGUGGCCUCCAGCACACCCUCUCCAACUUUGAGAACAAUGGUCCCGUCUCUAUCCUCGCCUACUGCCUUUCCUCCAUCAGCAUGACCAUCGUCAACAAGUAUGUCGUGUCCGGCCACGAGUGGAAUAUGACAUUCCUCUACCUUGCCGUCCAGUCGAUUGUCUGUAUCUUGACCAUUGAGAUCUGCCGACAAAUGGGCAUGAUCAGGAACCUCGCCGCGUUUGACAGCCAAAAGGGCAAGAGAUGGUUCCCUGUCUCCCUCCUGCUCGUCGGCAUGAUCUACACCGGCACCAAGUCCCUCCAGUACCUCUCCGUCCCUGUCUAUACUAUCUUCAAGAACUUGACCACCAUCGUCAUCGCCUACGGAGAGGUCCUGUGGUUUGGUGGCAGCGUCACUCCUCUGGCCCUUCUCUCCUUCGCCCUCAUGGUCUUCAGCUCCGUCGUUGCCGCCUGGGCCGAUGCCGCCCACGCCGCGUCUGCUCAUGCCUCUGCUGACGCAAUCGCGACCCUGAACGCCGGCUACGCCUGGAUGGGCAUGAACGUCAUCUGCACCGCCUCGUACAUUCUUUACAUGCGCAAGGUCAUCAAGACGAUGAACUUCAAGGACUGGGACUCCAUGUUCUACAACAACCUCCUGACCAUCCCCGUCCUCAUUGUCCUGUCCCUCAUUAGCGAAGACUGGUCCAGCAGCAACUUCACCAGGAACUUCCCGGCCGAGUCGCGCAACUCGAUCAUGAUCGGCAUGAUCUACUCGGGUCUCGGAGCCAUCUUCAUCUCGUACUGCUCCGCCUGGUGUAUCCGUGUCACGUCGCCCACCACUUACUCCAUGGUUGGUGCGCUCAACAAGCUCCCGAUUGCGAUUAGCGGCAUCAUCUUCUUUGCCGCGCCCGUCACGACUGGCAGCGUCUCGGCCAUCUUCAUCGGCUUCGUUGCUGGUCUCGUGUACGCCUACGCCAAGGUCCGCGAGUCUUCAGCCUCCAAGAACUCUCUGCCCACCUCGCAGCCCAUCACCAGCGCCAGCUCUCAGAGCACCCGCGAUGCUGUCAAGGCAUAGAUUUGGGGCUCGUGGGAGAGAAUGACGGGCACUUGAGACCUUGUCAUGUCGAAAGCUUGUGCGCACCGAGUGACUUCAGGUACACUGCCCCAGCAUUGGGACGCGACAUGAGACUAGGCUCUGCACGCGAGACGUGGAGAGCUUGCCAUCAUUUUAUAGCAUACUUGGGCCUGCUGCAUUCAGCCUCUCCGAACAGGCGCAUCGGGUGUAUAAUUACAUUUAUGGUCCCUAGUGGACAUCGGGACGUCGAACCAAGCAUAUUGAUUCUGGUAUAGAACGUUUAUUUAUCCCGACCUGUCAUGAGAAAUGGAGCUUUAGGGCAUAGGCGAUUUAGUUACUGGGCGUAUUUUAGGCGGCGCACAAACCAGGACGGCAGGACCUGAUACCGGGCGCCGACGCAUGACUACCUCGUGGUACGAAAAGACAUAGCAGCGCGCAAAUAUUAAUAGAUGAUUUCUUAUAAUG